AUGAGUAAGAACAGAUCAUCAUUGCAGUCUGGUCCACUCAAUAAUGAGUUACUGGAAGAGCAAAAACAAGAAAUAUAUGAGGCGUUUUCAUUGUUCGAUAUGAACAAUGACGGAUUCCUCGAUUACCAUGAACUGAAGGUAGCGAUGAAGGCUUUGGGAUUUGAAUUACCCAAGAGAGAGAUACUCGACUUAAUAGACGAAUAUGAUAGUGAAGGGCGGCAUUUGAUGAAAUAUGAUGAUUUUUAUAUUGUAAUGGGGGAAAAAAUAUUGAAAAGAGAUCCCUUAGAUGAAAUAAAGAGAGCAUUUCAAUUAUUCGAUGAUGAUCAUACUGGAAAGAUAAGCAUUAAGAACUUAAGGCGUGUAGCCAAAGAAUUGGGAGAAACAUUGACAGACGAGGAGCUGAGAGCGAUGAUUGAAGAGUUCGAUCUGGAUGGCGAUGGCGAGAUUAAUGAAAAUGAAUUCAUAGCUAUUUGUACCGAUAGUUAA